AUGGCCAACAACAAGUUUCGUCUCGCCGUGCUCGAGUGCGAUGUCCCCUUCCCGGGCGUAGUCGAACUCCGGGGCUCCUACGGGGACAUGUUCCGCGACCUGCUCGCCGAGGGCAUGCGCGGGCUGCCCGGCGCCGACGCGCAGACGGAGCUCGUGGUGAGCAAGUGGGAUGUCGUCAGCGCGCAUGUGUACCCAGUGUUUGAAGAUUUUGACGGGUUGAUGAUUUCCGGAAGCAAGCACACGGCGUUUGAGAAUAAGCCAUGGAUCGUGGCGCUCAUCGACUACCUCUCAGACUUUUUUAAAAACUCGCGCAAGCCCGUCGUGGGCAUCUGCUUCGGACACCAGAUUAUCGCGCGCACGCUCGGCGGUCGCGUCGAGGUCAGCCCAGGCGGGUGGGAGAAUUCGGUGACGCGAAUCGACCUAAACGCCACGGGCCAACAGUUUUUCGGCGUACCGUCUAUUCACAUGCAUCAGACACACCGCGACGCCGUCACGGUGUUGUCGCCUGGCGUCGAUAGCAUCGGCGGCUCCGCGCGCUGCGGCGUCCACGGCAUGUACAGGCCCGGCCGCAUCCUGUCGUUCCAGGGCCAUCCCGAGUUUGACGAAGAGACCAUGACGCUCAUCCUCAAGGGGCGGUACUCGAUUGGCGUCUUCUCCGAGGACAUGUACCGCGAUGGCAUGAGCCGCGUGGCAUGGCCGCACUGCGGCAAGAUGCUGGCGACUAAAGUCUGCGGAUUCCUGCUUGAUGCGAAGCGUGCUGCGUCGUAG